AUGGCAACAAUUGCCCCAGUGCUACAUUCAGCUACAUUUGACUCUGAUCUGCAGUUUCAGUACCGACAAGACCAUUGGAUGCAAAAUGUUCGGUAUGCUUUGGCUGUCGACUGCGACUCGACCUGGAUCAAGUCCCCGGCCGAUGCAGAGACUCUUCGCCAGAAUUGUAAAAUUGUGUAUGGCCACGUUGCCAUCGGUCCAUUCACCGACAAUGUCACCGUCCAACACAUCAACCUCGACGGCGUGGAAGUGAUCGCAGGCACCCUCGGGGCGGGUCCGACUAGAAAUAAUGAUCAGCCAUAUUAUACACUGUCCAGUUCAACUUUGAGGAAAGCUGAUGCGAUCGAGUUCGGAGUCCGUGAUUCGAAAAUUCGCAACUUGACCUUGCCCAGUCUCACAUCUGUGAAUGACCGGUUUGAAGUAGGACGCUAUGCCUAUGAUCUCAACUACUUAGACAUCACGAGUUUUGAAUCCGCAUAUACAUUUACCCUUGGCCCUCCGAAUCUCACAACACUCCACCACACCAGGCUACGCAAUACAACAGACAUGGAUCUUCUUUCGAUAAAAAUUGACUCUAUCGAUAGUUUGACUGAUAACCAGCUCAAUCUAAGCCGGGCAUGGAUUAACGGUCCAUUUCCAAACAUCAAUAACAUUCUCAUUGGAUUCAAAUCUGUCGAAUCUCUCAGGGUCUAUGACAACUCAUCUGUCACAUUGGGAGGAUCUUCGACAACCGAAAUGAGCAUCGACGAAUUAGUUCUCACUGGCGGUGUUACAGAUAUUAAGCGCAGCUCACAAAUUGACUCACUUAAUGUUGAUUCUUUGAAAUUGAGAAGUGAUGUUUCCAUCAUUCAUCUGGAGCUCCUAUCUAUCAAAGAUAUGAGACCCAUCAUGAAGGAUAUCACUCUUCCACCCAAAGCCAUGAAUUGGACCGGUGGCUUCGAAAUUGAAAUUUACUACGCUACUGCUCUAAAUUUGACCUCAAUUUACGGUUCGGAUGACCAAGGUAAUCAAAUCCAGACUUGGUACUGGCCAAGGAAUGUUUCCUCCAUACAACUUGGCGAGAUCAAUAUCGGAAGUGACUUCUUUGAUCCCUUUAUCGCCCAGCAGAAGGAGGCGUUGAAUAAUCAAUCUGGUCCUUCAGUUUUGACAACAUUCAGAGUCCUGCCAUCAAGAAAUUCUACAAAUUUCGAUUGCACACCUUUCAUUGAGCUUAAGAAUAUGGGUCGUUUGGCAAGUAAUAUCUCGUUCGAAUGCUAUAAUGCGACCAGUGGUGCUGUUUCUGCUCAAAUUACAAAUCCGUUCACUUUCAUCGGUGCUUUGCUGGGAACGGGUUUCUGGAUGCCAUGA